AUGUUGAUGUUGGCACACGGAGUUAUGAGUGUCUCGAGUCAGGGGUCUCUGGGGGAAACGAUGUUUCGGAGGCCAUCUACUUGGUAUUUCAUUCCUUUCGUAAUUGGGUGUUUGUUUGAGGCGAUUGGCCAUGUGGGUCGCGCUAUAGGUGCUAAGCAAACCCCCGACUGGACUCUCAAACCCUACCUCCUUCAGAGCUUAUUGACCCUUUUGGGACCAACACUCUUUGCUGCGGCUAUUUAUAUGGUACUGGGUCGCCUUGUUCGGCUUCUCGGCGCAGAGUCUUAUUCAAUGAUUCGACCGAAGUGGCUCACAAAGGUCUUUCUUUUAGGCGACCUUCUGUCCUUCCUCAGCCAGAGUGGUGGCGGCGGUAUCCUUGCAACUGCCAAGACAGAGUCAUCCCAAAACCUCGGAAAUAAUGUCAUUCUUCUGGGACUUGGUAUACAGGUUUUGUUUUUUGGUUUCUUCAUCGUCGUUACAGUCGUAUUUCAUAUACGCAUUAAUCAGCGGCCUACCACAAAAUCUUAUACCAUUGUGACGCCGUGGAAGAAGUUCAUCUGGGUGCUCUAUGCCUCCAGUGUACUUAUCAUGGUGCGCUCGAUCUUCAGGAUGAUCGAGUACGCGGAGGGCAACGAUGGCAUUCUGAUGAAAAGGGAGAUAUAUGUGUAUGCUUUGGAUUCUUCUUUGAUGUUUAUUGUCAUAGUAUUGUUUUCUGUAUACCACCCAAGCAGUGUUCUUGAAAAGCUAGGCCUAUGA